AUGUCUUCUCCAAACACUCGUGCCAAGAGUUCCUCUUCUUCACGCUCUCCUGCCUAUCUCACCGGAGAUGGGGUUGAUCAACAUGCGAUUGAGGUUCGUAGCAGACUUCACCCAUAUGCGCGGAAGAAUCUGGAUGAAAAUGUUCUUCAUUUGUUCGAUAACACCCUUGUCUUGGGUCCUCACUGGUUUGGCUCCGUGUUGGAAGAAAUAGCGGCCUUGCUCAAGGAUGAUGCUGAGGCUCCUCUGUGCUUUCAAAGUUCCAUGGCUCUGUCUUCUCAUACCUGGGUGAGUAAGAACCUGAGUCGUUCCUAUCCUUCAAGUGAAGUGAGGAAUAGUGCAGUGAGCUGGUCUAAUUGGAUUGACAGACUUCUCCUGAGGCAUGGAGCUUAUUGGAAAAAGGUCGGGGUUUAUGACGCGAUCCUUCUAUCUAAGAAUUUAGUAAACAGAGCCGAGAAUCUAUUGGCUACUGCCUUGUGUUUUUGGAAUUCAGCCAACACCUUCGACUUUGUCUAG